GGGCCUUGAUCAUUGGAAAACUGUAUGCACCUACAGUUCCGACCACAUAUCGGAGGUGACAUGCCUACGUUGGUAUGAAUUAUACUUGAAAGCAUCACUGCUAACAGGUCGAGGAUUUUUUCACGAUACUCAGAUACUGCUAGGCGAAGAGCAGCGCAGUAUGGGUGGCUUCAACGGAGCAGUGCUUCUUUUCAAAGGUGAUGAGGUAGAUCCUCAAGAUCGCUACCUGAUAACUCUCACAGAAGCAGGCUACCGCACCUUUCUUAUACCGGUCUUGCAAUUUAGCUUCAUCAACCAGGAGGAGCUAUGUACUGCGCUGAAAUCCGCCCAUAAAUAUUCCGGCAUCAUCUUCUCGUCACCGCGCUGUGUACGGGCAGUAGAACAAGUUUGGUCCUUUAAAAUUUACGAACACUGGAAUGAACGAAAGGUAUUUGUCGUUGGACCAUCGACUUCACGCGCGGUUAAGGACAGUCUUCAUUUGCCUACCGAGGGUGAGGAAACAGGAAGUGCUGAAGCACUAGCCGUCCUGAUUCGUAAAUCACUAGGUGUCGAUGAAAGUUCAAAGAAGAAGCUGCUGCCACUUUUGUACCCAUGCAGUUCGCUAGCAGAUGCAGACAACUUCACUGGUCUUCCAAUCGAGAGAAUUAGCGCCUACGAGACUGCCGACUGCGUUGAUCUCCGUUCUAUUGAGCAAGUGGCAAAGGAACGCGUCGUGUGUGCCUUUUUUAGUCCGUCGGGCGUUCGGGCCGCUGUUAAGGAGUUGCGCAAAAGGGGCCUUACGAAAUUCCGUGCCGUUGCCAUUGGAACAACCACAGCCCAAGUAUCCCCGGGUAGGGUGUGCGGCGGCAGCGUCUCUGGACAGGGUUCUCUGGGUUCGGGGCCAUGCGGCCUUGGCCCCACGGGCUCGAGUCCUCUGUCGCAAGGCUUCUACCCGCAUGAAUAUCCUUCUAGUGGACCUUAUAAGGUUCAAAGAAGGGCUGCAAAUAUUCGGGAAAGGAAACGCAUGAUGAGCAUCAACAGUGCCUUCGAAGAGCUCCGCUGUCAUGUGCCUACAUUCCCGUUCGAGAAGCGUCUCUCCAAGAUCGACACGCUACGUCUGGCAAUUGCAUAUAUCGCGCUUCUCAAAGAGGUGCUUAUGUCCCCUUACGAUCCGCUCACACAUAUCGAGAAAUGUCUUCGAGGCGAAAUUCGCGCAGAGCAUUCACACGAAUGGAAUACCAGUGAUUUGACGGCACGGCUGUCAUGGAUUAAUUGGGAAAACCUGGGCGUUCCGGCCAGUCGGCGAAUGAAUUUCAAUUCGCUUUCCAUUACCUCUCCGGACGGAAUUCCACCACCGGUAAUGGCCGGACCCUUAGGGCCGUUAGGCCCCCAUCAUCUGCGCCACAUGCCCCCACCACCGCACAUGUAAUCUGUCCCACUUUUCACCUUUCGCAUUAUUGUCAUGCCAUAAUAUCGCAUGUAGCCAACCACAUACGUAACAAAUGAACUUCUACCGGCACAUCUCUUCAGCCAUUUCGAAGGAAAACUUCCGUUCUAAUACAAUCGCGAUGAAUCCGUUUCAACGGUUUUGUGUUGGAUCAUUUUCUACGGACGAAAAUGGUCUUCUUACAAGCUACUGUGAGUGUGAUCAAGAAAAUCGUUGAAGCUUUGAGGUAAAGAAAAAAUAAUGGCUGAAGUACAAUUUACACCGUGUAGAACCGUUACAAGGACAUAGCUAAACACGAGUCGAUGAAGUGAAUGUGAGAUUCGAAAUUUGAAGCGAAUUUGGAAAUUGGAUAAUUUACGUGUAAACCUCAAAUCAUUCAAAAGUCAACGACACCGACAACGAAUUAAUUGAUGAAGGGAAGCAAUUUACAGACGAGUUAUCGAACAGAUCAAUUGUGCGCCGAUGGUUUCACUACCCACGCACAACAGACCCUAACUGGCACGCAGCGGAACCGAAGACGGCGCUGCCAUCUUUGGAUGUGACCUCAUCAGGGGAUCCAGAGGAUCGAGUUGUUUGCCAUAGUUCCACGCCAAGAUUUGUGCAGAAUCAUAGAAGACGAAGCACGAGUAGUGUUGGAUAUGGCAGCAGCAUGCAACAGGACCCCCGUUACCACAAAAGCGGAUAUUUGCUGAAACAAACUUGCGAACCGAACCAAAUGGAAGCACCAUAUGCACCAGUGAGGCUGAUUGGCCCCGCGGUCAAGGCUCUCAACGGCGGAGAGAGGAAGGCCAGUAUAGUUACCUAUAGUUUCGUCACAUGAAAAUUUAGAAAACGGUCAAGCAGUCCAGUGUGCGAAAGCUUUCGGAAAACAAGCGGGGAAUUACGCGUCAACAGAAAAACGUGCCCAGAAGGAAGAAACUAAUUCUAAAUAAAUUCGUGCAUUUGCACUAGGCCACUGUAUAGGUCAUUGUUUGCUUGAACUACUGUCAGAAUCUAGCGUGUUUCCGAAAGCGACGCGUUUCCCAAACGGCGAUUGCAAGGACGCUUCAUGAGAGCCUUGAGCCGCCGUGCAACUGGCCGAUUUUGAAUUCCCGCGACGAAGUGCAAUUUUUUCCAUAGCCGCGUAAACUAAUAUCAACCACGUUUAGACUCCUUCUAUGGCAACAGAGCGUAACCGAUUCGAAGUAAAAACCACAAUAAUUACUAACCGUCUAUUUCGUUUGACAGUUUGUAUGUAUAACUAGGAAGAUUAUUGUAUACACAUAUGCAUAUAUAUACAUGAUAAACACCAAAGAAAGGUAAAAGACCGGAAUAAAAAAAUUCAAGAAAAGGGACUGAGGAUUGAAUACAAUAAAAACUAAUAUUAUG